GUUCAGAAUACGUAUCUGUGGAUAACGCCCAAGACCGAAGUCCCCUUCUUUGAAUUUCUUGAAAGCAUUGGCGGGUGGCUGUGGUGAUUCCUAUCUCUCUCCCCCCACCACUGGGGACUCGACCCAAAGAGAGGAGAAAGGGAGAGCAGGGCCCCAAGAUAAUCCGCCAUUCUGCUAAUGGCUUGUGUCCAGCAACUCUUGCCAUUCACCUGCAAUUUCUUCCCUUCCCACCACCACCACCAUCAUGGUUCCAUAUUCUUCACCCCAACUCGUGCAAAAUUCUUUCAGGAAGGCAAGAAGGGGCUGCCCGUUUUGAGAAGACGCUGGAAAUCCAAGUGGCUGGUCAGGCUGGGUUCGGCGGAGCAGGCUCCUCCGACCUCCAUUAACGUAGGAGAGUUUGUGGAUUUCUUGUAUGCGGACCUGCCCCACCUGUUCGACGAACAGGGGAUCGACCGGUCGAUGUACGACGAGAAGGUGAUGUUUAGAGAUCCCAUCACUAAGUACGAUACUAUCGAUGGGUACCUCUUCAACAUCGGCCUCCUCAGGAUCCUCUUCAGGCCUCUCUUCCAGCUGCACAGCGUUAAGCAGACAGGGCCCUAUGAGAUAACAACGAGGUGGACAAUGACAAUGAAGUUCUCUCUCCUACCAUGGAAACCAGAAUUGGUUUUUACGGGGACCUCAGUCAUGGGCAUCAACCCAUUGACCAGGAAGUUUUCUAGCCAUGUGGAUUUUUGGGAUUCAAUCAAACAAAAUGACUAUUUUUCCUUGGAAGGUUUAGUUGAUUUCAUCAAGCAGUUGAGGAUAUACAAGACACCAGAUCUAGAAUCUCCCAAGUACCAGGUGUUGAAAAGAACUGCAGAUUAUGAGAUAAGGAAGUACGAAUCGUUUCUUGUGGUGGAGACAAAAGUGGACAAGCUCUCAGGUUCUGUCGGUUUCAAUAAUGUUGCUGGGUAUAUAUUUGGCAAGAAUGCUUCAAGUGAAAAGUUCAAAAUGACAACACCUGUCUUCACGAAGGCUCUUGAUGAAGAACCAUCUCGAGUAUUCAUCCAAAUAGUGCUGCCACAGGGAAAUGAUUUGGAUGGCUUCCCAGCUCCGAGUGAAGGAGGUGUGACUUUGCAUAAGGUGGGAGGAGGCAUUGCUGCUGCAGUAAAGUUCAGUGGGGAAACCACGGAGGCUAUUGUUGCCGAGAAAGAGGCAAUGCUCCGUUCAGCACUUCUAAAAGAUCGUUUAAAGCCCAAACAAGGCUGCAUGUUUGCACGCUACAAUGAUCCAGGACGGACGAGGAGCUUUUUAAGAAGAAAUGAAGUGUUAAUAUGGCUUGAGGAAUUCACACUGGACUAGAAGCUAGGAUGUGCUAUUGGCGUAGAAGCAGGCACAAGCAAUGUUCUACAACAGCAUAGAAGCAAGGGCAGUGGCAUAAUUAAGAGGUGCAAUGCUCAUCAUUUGUUUUAACCCCAUAUUCUGAGGGACCGUUCUUCCCUGCUGCAGAAAAAACAUUUUGUUCAACAUUUAUUGGAAAGAGCAUGGCAAUUUUUGUAUCCUUUGUUAAGAAUAGUCUUCUUUGCUGUUUGGAAGCAGACAGAUAUAUCUAACAUUAGAUCUCCAUAUAUGCUCAUUAUGUACGUCAGAGCAGAUUAUGUAUGUCAGAGCAGCUGUAACAAGGGAAUCAGUGCAGAGCAAUGCCAAUGAUCUAUAGUUGCUGCUGUAUGCAUACAUAUCUUGUUUCAGGAAUAUAUGCAUGUAAUAACCGAAAUGGUUUAUGUCUCUGCGUCCCUGGUAUAUAAGGUUCAUCACUUAUUUCCAAUUUAUGCACAAUUAGAUGUAUCCGUUUCUAUUUGGAGUUUAAUUGAGAUAGUUCAAUUUAUUGUUC